UGCUGCGGUCCUCCAGGGAUCCUGGCACCUUUCCUUCCAGGUUUUGGCGACCGUGGACUUUUGUUUCCCACAGGGGACUGCGGUCCUGAAUGAUCUGGUGUGGACUACAUUUCCCAUAAGCAACCGAGGUGACGUCCACCUCAGGCUCUGUUUUCGAUAACUGGGUCCUACCUGAGGGAGAAGUAGCAGUGGGUUGCUGUGGAAGAGACCCGUGGGCCCAGACGCGGCGCCUGUGGGGCCCAGUGUGGCGCUCCAACUUUCUAGAUCUGUGUGUUUUUACUAAAGGAAUCCUGAAGACCAGUCCACUCUUACAGGUCUAAAACCAUGGCACAUGAAUCAGUGACAUUCAGGGAUGUGGCCAUAGAUUUCUCUCAGCAGGAGUGGGAAUAUCUCAGCACUUUUCAGAAGACCUUAUACCAGAAUGUGAUGAUGGAGAACUAUGGUAAUUUGAUCUCACUAGGCCAUUCUAUUUCUAAGCCAGAUGUAAUCACAUUAUUAGAGCAAGGAAAAGAACCCUGGAUGGUUGGGAGGGAAGAAACGAGAAAAUUGGGUGAAGUGCUGAAGAUUGAACUAAUUCCCCAUGGAUGCUAGGCAGAUGCUUUAACAAUGAGCUAUAUGUCUAGUCUCUACUUAUUGAAGUUUUUUUUUUUUUGGUACCGGGGAUCAAACUUGGGUCCUUCCACUUGCAUAGCAGGCAGCAAAACCACUGAGCUAAAUCCUCAGCCCUACUUACUCAAGUUUUAAGCACAAGUUCUUUGAUUUAUUUGUUGAUACACUUGACUUAUAACUCAUUACAUUUUCUUUCAUCUUAGUUUUUCUUCUUUACUUUGUAAUAAACAAAUUGUAUA